CGCCAACACCGCAAACCAUCGCCAAGUUGAAAGGAGGCUAACCCGGGGGGAAAGCAAAGGAUCUUUUUUAUUUUUUCAUCUUCUUCAAUGGCAGUAACUUCAAGUUCACUCGCAUCCCAACUCUCUGGCCCCAAAUCCAUCUCUUCCACCUCCGUUGCCCCCAGUUUCUGUGGCCUCCGCCGCUCUUGCUCCAAACUUGAUUACUUCAACUCUCAAUCUGUGUCCUCCACUCAAUCUUUGUUUGAACAUGUUCAUUCCACUCUCCGGCUCUCUUCCUCAGGCAAGGGUUGCCGUGGCGUUGUCACCAUGGCCGGCUCUGGCAAGUUUUUUGUUGGUGGCAACUGGAAGUGUAACGGCACAAAAGACUCUAUCAGUAAGCUUGUCUCUGACUUGAACAGCGCAAAAUUGGAGCCUGAUGUUGAUGUUGUUGUUGCACCUCCCUUUGUGUACAUCGAUCAGGUGAAAAGCUCAAUCACAGAUCGGAUUGAGGUAUCUGCCCAGAACUCUUGGGUGGGAAAAGGAGGUGCUUUUACUGGAGAGAUUAGUGUGGAGCAACUUAAAGACAUGGGCUGCAAGUGGGUUAUUCUUGGACAUUCUGAACGGAGGCAUAUUAUUGGAGAAAAUGAUGAGUUUAUAGGGAAGAAAGCCGCCUAUGCCUUGAGCCAGGGUGUUGGGGUGAUAGCAUGCAUCGGGGAGCUGUUACAAGAGAGGGAAGCCGGGAAAACUUUUGAUGUUUGUUUCCAGCAGUUGAAGGCUUAUGCAGAUGCUGUACCUGGUUGGGACAAUAUUGUUAUUGCAUAUGAACCAGUAUGGGCCAUUGGAACUGGCAAAGUGGCCACUCCCGAGCAAGCUCAAGAAGUCCAUGUAGCUGUACGUGAUUGGCUGAAGAAGAAUGUCUCAGCUGAAGUUGCGUCUAAAACUCGAAUUAUUUAUGGAGGGUCUGUUAAUGGGAGCAACUGUUCUGAGCUUGCAAAGCAAGAAGAUAUUGACGGAUUUCUUGUGGGUGGUGCUUCUUUGAAGGGCCCUGAGUUUGCUGUCAUUGUCAAUUCAGCCACAUCCAAGAAAGUGGCGGCUUGAUAACUUUAUCUGCUUUUGGCAGCGAGAGUUUUUUUAUCGAUAAAGCAUGCCCGUUGUGGCAAUAAUGUUGGUGUAUGAUAGCAGAUUGGGUUUGGUGGAUCUUCUGCUAUUUCUUUGCAGAUAUUAGGUCAUCCUUCUCUUUUCCAACGAGUUACUGUCUUAUAGCAAAUGGCUAUACAAAGCAUUUCAGAAAUAAACAACUAGUGUUUACAAAUUAAUGCUGCUCACUUCAAUUUUAGGAAUAAUUUCCUUUCU